GCGCGAAGCAGAAACUGGCAUGCCAAAGCUGUUUGCUUAAAAUCAAAUGAGAAAACAAAACAUUCAACUUGGUAUAAGUGUAAUAUGGCAUUUUAUAUUGAACAAGUUUCCAUUAAUUGUUUCGAUGUAAUUUUGUUAUUGAUAUGUUUAUUUCAUUAAGAACUUUGACUGUUAUUGUCUUCUUUGUAUAUUGUGCGCUUACGUGCUAUACUGGUUAUAUCUUGCUAAAAAAUAACAGCGGAAAAGUUGUAAAACAUACACAUCGAAAAUUAUCUCUACCAGAUGAUUUUGAAGAAUGGAACCCUUGGGGAGAGGAGUUCGAAAGAGAAAAACAAAGUUUUAAGUCAUUUGUGGUUCAAAAAAGUGUUUCAAAAUGGUGGACUAAUCAAAGUUUAGAUUUCAGAAAACAGUUUUAUAAAUCUAAAAAAGAUCAAUCAAAUUUAUCAUAUGAGCCGACCAGUAUUGAAAUUUGGGGUAAAGCUGCUAUAGGGCUCUAUCUAUGGGAACACAUUCUUGGAGGAAAGUUGGAAAAUAAAAUGGAUGGAAUAUGGAGCUAUGGUUUCAAAAGAAUUGAUAAUCUAAAGUUAAAGUUCAGAACUGGACCCGGAGUUAUUGUUUCAAAAGCUCCUAAUGAUGUACAAAAUUUGUUAUUAAUACUGAAUGGUAGAAGUGAAGACAAAAUUGCAUUUGCAAAAACAUGGCUUGAUGUUUUGCCACAAUUUCAUAGUUUACGAUCUGUUCUUUUGUUCAUGCUUGGUGAUGAACAAUGUAGAAAUGACUGGUUGAUUCCUUAUAUGGCUAGAUCUGGUGGACUUAUAAACAUGACUUUUAUAGUUUACGAUUCACCUCUUGCAAAUAACAUCGAUAUUUUCCAAUGGCCGUUAGGAGUUGCCACAUACAGAGGGUUUCCAAAAGUUGAUCCAAAAAAGCUUGAUUUAGAAAAUACAAGACCUUACAUAUGCAAUUUCUUAGGUUCUAUCUAUCCUCGUUCUUCCCGGGAAAAAUUAAUGAAAGUAAUUCAGCAUCACAACUUAACCCAGUAUUGUUUUAUCAAAGCUAGAUAUGAGUGGCAGCCUCGUGAAACAAAGAAUUCUUUGCUAUUGUAUGUGCAGAGUUUACGCCUUUCUGAUUUAACAUUAAAUCCUGUUGGAAUGAAUAGCGAAUGCUAUCGCAUCUAUGAAGCUAUGGCAUUUGGUUCCAUACCAGUUGUUGAAAAUGUGAUGACUCCAGGAAUGUGUGGUGGUCCAAAAUCGCCUCUUCGUUUGUUGAAAGCAUUUAAUGCUCCAUUAAUUUACAUAAAUGAUUGGUCUGAGUUGCCAUAUUUAAUUUCCCAAGAAUUACGAAUGACUCUGGAAGAAAAAGUAAAACGAAGAAUUAAAAUUAUUGAAUGGUAUGAGAAUUUCAAAUUGCAUUUAAGGAAUCAACUCAUUUCUAUUAUUAAAGAUCAUAUUUCUGAAAGAUGAUAAAAAGCUUAUAAUUUAUUUUAAAUUGUGCACAAGUUGUAGUUGACUGAGUUUAAACUUUUUAUAUAAAAUUACCUCAUAUGAAAAACAUUCUUUUUUUAUACAUGGAAUACUGCAGUGAGUAUUCUAUAUAUCACAGAAUACUAUAAGUUUAUUAUUCUUGUGUUAAGCUGUAAACUAGUUUUACAAACUUUAUUUCAUUUUGAUUAAUUGUUUAUAUUUCAUUUGGAUAUCAGAUGUACAAAAUUUAUAAUUUUUCCACUAGUAAUGUAAAAUGUUUUUGUACAUUGAAUUUUUUCGCUCAGAUUUGUUAAUACUUUUACCAAAAGACUAAUAAUUUUUUAUAUUUUUAGCUUACAAUAAAAUGAAUUUUUAUAAAAUGGAA